GGGCGCGCGCCUUCCGGCCUGCGUUCGGCAGCCGAACUGGGCAUGCGCCGUGCUGCCCACCUUCCGUGAGUGGAGCUGAGGCGGUGGUGGUCGUGUUCGCUCUUCUCUAAUCCUUCUCGCUACCGGAACUCAGCUGGAGGCCCACGAAUUCGUCCUUCCGGGACUGGAAGUGGUGAAAUAUGAGUGCGCGAGUGAGACCAAGAUCUAAAUCUAAACAAAGAAAGGGUAAUCGAGCGGCUAACCAGCCGGCUACAGCUGUGGCUGUCCAGCAGCCAAGUGAUGAGCAACCUCAACAAAAGGAGGCACCCCCUGAGAGUCAGGAUAUUAUUCCUGAUAAAGAGAAAGCAGUUGCAGAAGCACCUAUGGAUCAUGGUGAAGCACCUGACCUGGAAGCUGGUAUCCAAAAAUUGCCUCUGCCAAAGACUGAAGAUAUUACUGAAGAUGACACUGAUGUGAAGGGGGCAGAUUUCCCAACUGUGGAGCCCGUGAAAAUGCCUGAAGCAGGUGAAGGACAAUGGAAGGUUUAAGCAAGAAGAAGCCGAAAGCAGCUAAAGUGCUCUCCUAUAGGAAGGAUACUUCAGCAUUAAAA